AUGGAAAACCCUCUGCUUGGGUUUGUUAGCCCCUCCGCUACGGUGCUAGGGAAUUCAACUCCGGCUAACACGGAAAAAAGCAAGGCUGAAGUUGACCUUCAAGAGAGGAGUACCAAGAAAUUAAAGGAAGGGAAAGGUGGCUUGAUUGAGAAAGGUGUCUCAUUCAGAGACGCCCUGGCUGGGAGGAACGGAGAAGAAAUGGAUGAGAAAAGCAAAAGCAGUCGGGGUGGUGUAGGAGAGUCAGAGGUUGAGUGGGGGGAAAUCCGAGUGGAGGAAGAACUGAUAGGUGGUUAUGAGUGUCCUAACUUCAUCUUUUCGGAGAAGGAAGAGAAGCGUAUUCAAAGACCUUGGAAGAGAUGUGUUAUAGUCAAAUUGUUGGAAAAAAGAAUUGGAUACAAGGCACUGGAAAACAGGUUGAAUCAAAUGUGGGUUCGUAAAGGCAUUAUUAGUAUCAUUGAUCUUAGCAAUGAUUACUAUUUGGUGGCCUUCUCACAUGAAGAUGAUAAGAAAGCGGCAAUGGCAAACAAUCCGUGGUUUAUCUACAAUCAUUACCUAACAGUGAAAGACUGGAGGCCAAACUUCCAACCGGAGAUUGAUACUAAUAAUAAAGUGGCAGUGUGGGUUAGAAUUUCGGGUCUCCCGAUUGAAUAUUAUGAUACGAGGGCACUCUCUGUUUUUGGAGAUCGUAUCAGUCGUACAGUGAAAUUGGAUAAAACUACUAUCAAGCAAGAGAGGCAAAUAUGCUCGGAUAUGUGUUUCUGUUAA